CCAUACGGAAGUUAGUUACUUCCAACGAUACAUGUUCUUAUUUUGUAUCGAUAUUGUGUUUUACGAAUACGUGUCGUUGUGUCGUAAUUUUUCACAUUUGUUCACAAAGAUACAAAAUACCUCUCGUGUUUUUUAAGUUUAUAGAAGUGUUUGUCAAAGACUUUACGCGGAGGGAUCUUACGCACCGGCUCUGGCCUGGAGCGAGAUUUGAAUUGCUCUCUGCUUUUAUCGUUUGUGUUCUCAGCAUGUUUUGAAAUGUUUUUGCGUUUUUUAAUGACACAGUAGCAAUACAUGUGUUUUUAAUACUUUUAUAUUAUAUACACGAAGGAGACUCCACUGUUAUUUGUCAGAUGGCUUCCUUGGAAAUGAACACAGCUAGCACUGACGGAGAUCAGGAGAACAUGCUGAUCCCCUCAAAAGUGGACUCUCAUCCUGUUCUAAACGACACCAACGCCCCCAUGAAUUUCACCGACCUCACGCCUUGUCGGUUUGGCAUCUCUGUCCAGAGUUUUUCUCAAGCAUCAUCACCAAACCGCAAAGAUAAGUCUCGUCUGGCACAAAUUAAGGCUAGGCGGAGGUCCAGCGUUGGUGUCCGAGGCUCCCCAGAGACAAACUCCCUCAUCUGCUUCAUGGCACAACAGAGGAUGAAGACUCCUCCAGUCUCCCAAACGCCAGAGCCCGUCAGGAGUGGCCCCCUACUUCCCCGAGUGGCCUCCAAGCUGAGGCAGAAGAUGGCCUCCUUCCAGGGCCUGAUGGAUGUGGAGGAGAGUGAGGUCUGUGAUCCCGUGCCAAAGCAGGACGGCAACACUGGAGGAUGCAUCAAGACAAGAGAUUAUCUGUCUGAUGGGUACAGCCCUUAUGAAGGGAAGGAGAACCACCCCCUAAUGACGACACCCGUACCCAGUAAGAGGAGGCGCCUGGGUCGUCUGCAGGGCUGCGAGACGGAGAUUAGAGCGGCUCCUAUCCAAGAGGAGGAGAAAGAAACAGGGACGCUGACAUCCAGUGAGACUGUGCAAGAGGCCCACGCUGUGCUGAAAUCCCUAAACCUUCAGGAUGACUUUGAGACACAAGCCUGUUCCAAUGCUCAGAACCUACAGGACGAGGUCUUUGAACUCCAAAGCCCCGGUCAGACACCACCUGAUGAUGCUGCAGCCGCUUCAUCAGCUCUGCCUGCCUCCCCCUUCUGCAUCCCCUCCCUCCCCUCUGUGCAGGAGAUGAAGCCCCCAGGAGAACAUGCAUUUAAGAAGAAGAAGAAGAGUGUGCGUUUUGGAUGUCCGCUCUCUCCUGAGAUCUUUGAUAAGGAACUGCCUCCCAUCACACCGCUACGGAAGGGCGCCACCCCAUCCCGAGCUCCCACACCGGGGAGGAGCUUACUCCCGCGUUCGGUGCUGAAGACUCCGCAGAGGAUCGAACCAAACACCACAAACUCAGCUGGACCUCAGCAGCCCCGUGGAUUGCGGAGCCUCGCCGACAUUUUCCAUACCUCGCAACCGCAGAAUGUCUUCGAUUGGAGAAGACCCCCAGGAGGAGGACGGAAAGAUUGUUUUCCCUGCAAUGGAGAUAUUGACGCAGCAGCAACAGAAGAUACAGAGAGUAGGUUGGACCCACAGCCGCUGAAUUUAAACAGUGCUUUCCGUGCGGAGUCUCUGUCUCGCAGUCUGUCAGAGAUUGUAGCUUCACCCUGCACACCCUCCCUGAUCCGUGCUGUGGAUGAGCCUCCAUCAGUGCCAGAGGAGGAGAAGGUACCUGAAGCAGAGGCUGAAACUCCGACCGGAUCUAGAAACCGAAGGAAAAAGCAGCCAGCAGCAAACCCUGCAGCCAGCAUUGAGGCUCCCUCCCCCUCCAGCAGACGAAAGAGAAAGCAGCCCGGUGAGAUGGAGCCCAUCAGGAGGACGUUACGCUCCAGUGCCAAGUCUGUGUUGGAGAAGAUCAAGACGCGAAAUUCAGCGACUUGGCGGUGGAACAAAGACGUGGACCACUCCCUGUACAGCCACCGGGAGUACGCCUCCCAGAACCCCAAGUUGAGUCCCAUCACGGAGAAGCUGUCCCCCAUCAGACUGACUCCAGCCGCUCAGCAGACUCCCUCCAGCAGCUGCACAGCUCCAAAUCAAGAGACCCACUUGAACCCUGAGAUUUCUAACAAUACUCAAGUCGACCCAACUGUGACAAACGUGCUGGAAAAUCCUUCAGAAGACGCUCUCACAUCUCCAGCCUCCAGUACGGAAAGCUCCACAGGUAAGAGCAGGAAGCCGUCAGUAAUGAGGGGGAAGAGGAGUGGAAAGAAGAAGAAGGUCAGUUUAGCUGAAGACUUCCUGCUUAUUCACGAGACUGGAGGAACCACAGAGGUGCUGUGUGAAGACAAACACACUACAAACCAAGAAGCAUCCUGGGAAACCCCGAGACCAGAGGAAGAAGUAGACGCUGAACAAAGCCUCCACUCUUCUGCAGAUACUCCCUGCACAGUCUCUGAGGGGAAAUUAGAAAAUGAUGGCAGUGUCAACACUCCAGACUCAGAGAGCCUGCCUGCACGGGAAGAACCUCCCAAAACUUUGCCAGUUCGGAGGAAAUCCUCCCAGGGCAGGACGUGCUCUGGAAACAUCUCUGUGGUGCAGGAGCAGGCAGAGCAGCAGCAAAGCAGCCAGAAAGUGGAGGUGCGGGAACAGGAAAGCAGCAGCCGCUCAAGCUCGGACAGUCACGUGAAGCGGACGGCCCCUCUAAACCUGGCCCCGUGGCAGGAUGACUUUAACUUUGAGGAUGUGUUCUUACCUGUGGCCAGCAGAGGGCUGCGCGAGGUGCGAGAGGUGCGCCGCAGCCUGAGGAACCACAGUGCCGUGAAGAACAACGCCAGCCCUGCAGGCCUCGCCUGGUUCCCCCACACCUCCCCCGAGACCUUGAAAGAGACCCGCAGGAGGACCAGGAUCCGACGGCUCAGAUCUGUCCCCGCCCUCUGAAACCUCCACACCCUGAGGAGCGUUCAUGAGACUCUGAAAAGCUGCAGAGGGACGAAUAAAAUCCAUCACCCCUUCAUGCAUAGCCCCCCUGCUUCCUGCAGAUUAAAUGGAAUGAUCCUCCAAAGAAAAGACUGAUUGUUUCAUGUUGGCUGUAUAUUGAUGCCUUUUGUCCUCUGUGAAUUAUAAGUGCUGACCAGUAAUUUGUAUCCAGUUUCCGCCCCCCCACCUCCUCUUCCCUCCCCGCCUGCUAACCAAGCCAGUCAAUACACUGCGAGCCCAAUCAUCUCCGCUGACCACCCCCCAAUCAAUAGCCCACCACUCGGCUGGUAAUCACAGCAUCUUCAGGCUCUCCAAAGUCAUCGCUUCGAGCUCCUCGCUGGUCAAUAUCGCUGUGGAUGGAUGGAGACGUCUGGAGGGGAGGAGGGAAUAAUGCUGGAGUGGCAAUGGUGGGGAGAAAAUGUCAACAAAAAUCUAAUUAUUAGCCUCAAACAACCCUUUUUUUGUUGUUCCUGGAGCUAAUGUUGUUUUUGUUCUGUUGACACACAGGAAAAUAUCUUUUUAUAGGGUUUAGUGUUAUUAUAUAAACUGUGAAUAAUAAGAGCAAAAGUCAAUUGCAUUUAAAUGGAUUCAUGAGAGAUACAUUUGUGUUCCAAUUACUUUGUCUGUGUUCCUGACUCUGAUUAAACGCUCUGGUUGCAAGUUAAAACACCUCAUUAGA